UUCUACUUCUUUGUCUGACCUUGUAACCUCCUAUGAUUACGAGUGACUCACUUGUCAAAUGAAAUUGUUUUGUUUGGUGAAUUAAUUGGUUAAAAUUGAUUGAAUUUUAUAAUUAUUAAUAUGGCUGUUUCUGAUUCCAAUAGACCUGAGCUAUAUGAAGAAAUAAAAUUGUUCAGAAAUGCUCGUGAGAGAGAAAAGUAUGACAAUAUGGCAGACCUCUUUGCUGUUAUAAAUACUCUUCAGCAACUGGAGAAGGCUUAUAUAAGAGACUGUAUUACAGCUACAGAAUAUACUGCUGCAUGUUCAAAACUUCUUGUACAAUAUAAAGUGGCCUUUAAGCAGGUUCAGAGUGAUGAGUUCCAUACCAUUGGAUCAUUUGUUACUAAGUAUAGGUUGGACUGCCCUGCUGCCUUAGAAAGAAUCCGAGAAGAUAGACCUAUCACAAUAAAGGAUGAUAAAGGAAAUACAAGUAAAUGUAUAGCUGACAUAGUGUCUUUAUUUAUCACACUUAUGGACAAGCUUCGUCUUGAAAUCAAGGCCAUGGACGAACUUCAGCCUGAUUUACGUGAUCUGUUUGAUACAAUGAACCGAUUGUCACUAUUACCCUCAGGCUUUGAGGGCAAAUCUAAGGUAGGCGAUUGGUUGAGGACUUUAGAUAAAAUGCAAGCUUCAGAUGAACUUACAGAGCAACAAGUAAGACAGCUUAUUUUCGACCUGGAGUCAUCUUAUAAUGCUUUCAACAGGAUUCUCCAUAACACAUAAUUUUUCCAAAUAUUUAUGAAUAUGUUUAUCAUAUAUUUAGAUAUGUUAAUUAUAAUAUUUGUAAUAUAAUUUUAAAGUGAUAUGAAUGUUUAUAUUCAUAUAGGUUUAAUUUAUUUCCUAAGUAUUGCUCAUUUAUUAUUUUUUUUAAAGUCAUUUUAUUGGAAUUUUAAUUAAUAUAAAAAUAAAUUAUCUUUAAACAUUGCCUGGAUCAUUAAAAGUAGUUAUUUUAUACCUGCUGUCCUGAUAUGAAAGUGGUUUGGAUUAAGGAUUUCCUACUUGAUAAAUGAACUGUAUAUAGAUCAUUAAUGUGAUAAUUAUGUGAACACAUGAUGUUUUCUUAUAGCUUUUAUGAUAAUAUAGCUGGCAUAAAUAAUUAUGAUUUUGUUCUAAAAUCUAAUCUAAAAGAUCAGUCAUUGUAUUUUAUUUUUAUUAAACAAUAAAUAUUUUUAAGUAUUCGAU